AUGUCCGAACUUACCCUUGACACACUUAUUGACGAUGGAAAUUACCUUGGGUCGGAACGUGUUAGGCAGGAGAACAAGAUGCUCCUGGACGAAUUGGAGCGCAAGAAGAAGGCACGAAGUCUGGCCGUACCUACAGAUGAUAACCGAGUGAAAGCGAGGUUGCGAGAAAUUGGAGAACCUAUCACCCUGUUUGGAGAACGAGCUGCAGAUCGUAGAGACCGUCUCAUCUAUGUCCUCUCUCAAAUCAAUGCCGCUCGAGGAGAGGAGGCUAUGCAAGUGGAGGAGGAGUCCAGCGAAGAAAGCGAGGAAGAGAUGGAGGAGUUCUACUCUCCAGGUCCAUUGGAACUCCUGGAGGCACGCAGACGAUUAGCGGAGUACUCUCUCCCCAGAGCUCAAAAACGAGUCGCCCAACAGCGGAUAGACAGCAAAAUUUCCCUCGGACGAAUCAUUGACAUCCGCAAGAAGAUCUUUGCUGAAGUAAAACAAUUCGCAAACCUCGGAUCUCAGAUUGGCGACGACCGGCCAAUCUCGCAGGUACGGUUCUCACCAAACAGCAAAAUCUUAGCUACAGGCAGCUGGUCUGGGAACGUGAAACUAUGGAACGUGCCUAGUUGUACUCCUAUACGAACACUGCGCGGUCACAGCGAUCGAGUGGGAGGGGUUGCAUGGCAUCCACAAGCCACGCUAUCGCAGAGUGAGAGUAGUGUCAACCUGGUCAGCGGCGCCGGCGACACGAACUUGCACCUUUGGUCCUUGAAUAGUGAGACACCGUUAUCAGUGCUUAAGGGACACGCAGAUCGUGUAUGUCGCGUAGCUUUUCACCCAUCGGGCGACUAUGUGGCUAGUGCUAGUUUCGACACUACGUGGAGGUUGUGGGAUGUCAAUACCUCCAAGGAGCUACUCCUGCAAGAAGGACACUCCAAGGAGGUAUACUCGGUUGAGUUCCAGAAUGAUGGGGCUCUUGCAGCAUCAGGAGGUCUUGAUGCGAUUGGUCGAGUCUGGGAUCUUCGAACAGGUCGGACAGCUAUGGUGCUCGAUGGACAUGUUCAGGCAAUCUUCGCUAUCGCUUUCUCGCCAAACGGUUACCAGAUCGCAACAGGGUCGGGCGACGACACGAUCCGGAUAUGGGACAUGCGGUCCUUGAAGGCGCUGUACACUAUCCCCGCUCACCUCUCGAACGUCUCCGAUGUCCGCUUCUUUCGCGGAGAUGAACUGCCCGAUACACUCGCGAGCGCGUCGCCGGACGUCCUCAUGAACGGCAUCGAUGAGCAGCCCCAUCAGGCCGAAGAGCAUGCAGCAGAGGAGUGGCGGUACCGUUCCGGGCUAUAUCUCGCUAGUGCAGGUUAUGACGGGUUCGUGAAGCUCUGGAGCGCAGACGACUGGCAGCUGCUGCGCACGCUCCCGACGGACGGCGGGAAGGUCAUGUCCGUCGAUCUGUCCAGCGACGCGAAGUUCCUCGCGUCCGGGACGUACAACCGUAACUUCCAGAUGUUCGCGCCGGAUGAGAGCAUCAUCUAG